CUAUCGCACAAUCCAUCGUAGCAAAUCUCCGAAUGUAAAUGUCCGCUCCGAAUCGGAGCAAUUUUUUAUCAUGCAACCCAUGUGAAUUCGAAAAAGAUGUUGCCAUACGCAUAUUUUAAAUUUUGACAUUUCGAAAUCAAAUGUUUUGCAAUAAAUUAAAAUUUCAAUAAAGACAAGCGUAAAUAAAUUUAAUUAGACUGCAAUAUAUAUUGGAAAAACAAAGCUUUUAAGUGUUAUGGAUUCUUCGUUGAUAUUUUCUAUAAUGUUGGUGGAGGCGGAAGGUGAAAGAAGUAGAGCGAAUAUGAAAAUUCAACGAAAAAUAUUAAGGGACGCAAGCAAUCCGCUCGAUGUCGAGGACACAAUGUAAGUAUAGGAAUAACUUCAUAACUUCAUAGGUUAACUUUAUUUUAUGAAACAGGUUUACUAAAAACUACCGCUUGAAUAAGGCGGCGUUUUUGUACGUCUUAAGUGUCCUAGAUGGAAAUUCACGCUCAAUGAGGUCGUGCUCCAUCUCUUCGCUCCAGCGUUUGUCUUCCGUAUUACGUUUUUUUGCAGAGGGUGGGUACCAGCAUGGAGUGGGAAAGGACUUUGACAUUCCCAUGGCUCAAUCCACAUUUUGUGGCGUAUUAAAAGACGUGUUACACACUCUUCAAUGUCACCUAUGUCCUCAGUGGGUGAAUCUGGAUUUAAGCAACGAAGAAAAAAGACAAGCAAAGAUGGACUUUUAUCAAAAAUAUGGAUUUCCUGGUGCGAUUUUAUGUGUAGACGGAACACACAUUAAAAUUGUUGCGCCAGCUAAGGACAAAUUCCUGUAUUUUAAUCGUAAAGGGUACUAUAGCAUCAAUGCUAUGAUUGUAAGUCUUGAAAAAACUGAUAUUUCAAAUAUCUUUCUAAUUUUUUAUUUAUUGCAGAUAUGCGAUAAUAAAAUGAGAAUUCGCUACGUGAAUGCGCAGUAUCCUGGCAGCAACCACGAUGCUCAUAUUUGGAACGUAAGCAGCGCGCGAAAUUUUUUUGAAAAUAAAUACCUAAACGGCGAACGAAACACUUGGCUUUUGGGAGACGCUGGAUAUGCUCUAGAGCCAUGGUUAAUGACACCUUUUCGUUCACCUACAACAGGAAGCGCCGAAGGAAACUACAAUAAAAUACAUGCAAAAGCCAGAAAUACUAUAGAAAGGACCAUAGGUGUAUUUAAGAACCGAUUCAGAUGCCUUCUGGGUGCUCGUGAGCUUUAUUAUGAACCCAUGAAGGUUUGCCAAAUAGUGAACGUUGCCGCAGCAUUGCACAAUAUUUGUAUGCAUUAUCGCGUGGUUGAUGAUUUUUCAGAAAAUGUUGAAGAAAACCAUUUUAAUCAAACGUGUGAACCUUCUCCUUCAACAUAUACUGAUGCAGCUAUUCGGAUAAGGGAAUCUAUAUCAUCAACAUUAACACGACUAUAGUAUUCAAUUAAAAAAUAGCAAGACUUACAUAUAUGUAUUAUGUAUUAUAUAUAUGACUGUUCUUUUUUGUUUUCCGCUAGCUUCCUUUUAAUAUAAGCCUUCCAGUCUAGCCAUACCUAGUAAAUACAAUAUAUAUACAUAUAUACAUACAAGUAAGGCACAGUAAACAUUUAUAGUUUUCAAUAAAAAAUGUGAAUUAUUAUUUUUUUUUUGACAACGCUUCGAGGCUCUUAUUCUCGACUUCUAACAUUUGUUGUUUUAUUUCAUUUUUGGCCGCAUUCAAGCACUCCAUAUUUCUAUGGUGCCUACGCGUUUCUUCCAGGUCGGCGGCUUUCAGGUCGCACAUUUUUUCCAGUGCCGAACACAUUCUCUGCAU